AUGAAGGGCAACCGCCGCGCCCUCGCCAAGGCCAUCACCCUUGCCGAGAGCUCCAACCCUGCCGACUCCACUCACCUGAGCAGCCUGCUUCGCGAGAUUCACCAGGUGGGGACGGUGCGCACCGUGCCGCGCUUCGCGCUUUCGGGCAGUCCCGGUUCCGGUAAGUCAAGCCUCCUGGACACACUCGGCUACUACCUGUGCGAGAAGAAGAACAUGCGCGUUGGCGUUCUCGCUGUCGACCCGUCCUCCACCAUCACGCACGGCAGCAUCCUCGGUGACAAGACCCGCAUGGAGAAGCUUAGCACGCACCUGAACUCCUACAUCCGUCCAUCGCCAUCCGGCGGGCACCUCGGCGGCGUCACUUCGCGUGCGUGGGAGGUGCUGGAGAUCUUCGAGGCCGCGCGCUUCGACGCUGUCUUUGUGGAGACCGUCGGCGUUGGCCAGAGCGAGACACAAUGCAAGGACCUCACGGAUAUGAUGAUCCUCCUCGUGCCGCCCGCCAGCGGGGAUGAGCUGCAGGGCAUCAAAAAAGGCGUCGUCGAGGUGGCGGACAUGGUUGUGGUCACGAAAAACGAUGGCAGGCGCAAGCCCCUGGUGCAGCAGACCACGUCCGCCUACGCCCGCGCCGUCAUGUACACGGAGAAGAGGCAGGGCUUCGAGAAGCCGGUCAUCGCCGUCUCCGCCGAGGAAGGGACGAAUGUGCCGGAGCUGUGGGAGGCGAUGAUGCAGAUGUGGAACACGCGCCUCGAGAGCGGCCAGAUCUCUCACCUGCGCCGCGCCCAGUCGACGAGGCACUUCUACAACUACUUUGAGAUGGAGCUGCUCGCGAAGGCGCGGCGGAUGGCGAGCCUGGCGAUGCAGCACAUGGCCCACCGCGUCUGGGAGCACGAGAUGACGCCGCGCGAGGCGGGCGACAUCAUGGUGCUGCGCACGUUGCGGGAGCACUUGGCAGCGGAGGCGGCCGGUCAGCAUGACACCGAAAAAAGGGCGUGA